UCCUCUGAUUUUAUUACCAGCAAAUAAUAACCGCAAACUUUUUAUCCGUUGUUAUGAUUCUUAAAAGUUGAUUUUAAAGUGCAGUUGGAAUGCUUUCACCCUGAUUUGAGUUAAUGUCAAUAUCAAAAAUAGUUUCUCCGAAAAUGACGUUGACAAGCAUUGGUCUUUUUACGCUGUUUACCAACAUCGUCGCCAGCACGCCAGCAGCCAAAGAGUUUGUAUCUCUGGCAGAGAGAGAAGAUGCUCUACUCAGGGACUUGUUUCAGGGAUAUCAGCGCUGGGUCAGGCCCGUUCUGCAUGCAAACCACUCUGUGAAAGUCCGCUUUGGCUUGAAGAUAUCUCAGCUAGUCGAUGUGGAUGAGAAAAACCAACUCAUGACCACUAAUGUGUGGCUGUGGCAGGAAUGGAUGGAUUAUAAACUGCGUUGGAACCCUGAGAAUUAUGGUGGCAUCACCUUUAUCAGAGUCCCAUCUGAAAGCAUCUGGCUCCCAGACAUUGUUUUAUAUGAGAAUGCCGAUGGACGUUUUGAAGGCUCACUUAUGACCAAGGCCAUUGUGAAGUAUAAUGGCAUGAUCACUUGGACACCCCCUGCCAGCUACAAGUCAGCCUGCACCAUGGAUGUGACGUUUUUUCCGUUUGAUCGGCAGAACUGCUCAAUGAAGUUCGGCUCCUGGACGUAUGAUGGAAACAUGGUUAACCUUGUCCUUGUCAGCCAGCAGGUGGACCGAAGCGACUUCUUUGAUAAUGGCGAAUGGGAGAUUCUCAGUGCCACUGGUGUCAAAGGCAGCCGACAAGAUGGCUACCUUUCCUACCCUUACAUCACAUAUUCAUUCAUCCUGAAACGCCUUCCUCUCUUCUACACACUCUUCCUCAUUAUUCCUUGUCUGGGCUUGUCCUUCCUCACAGUGCUGGUCUUCUACCUUCCCUCUGAUGAAGGAGAGAAAGUGUCCCUCUCAACAUCCGUCCUGGUGUCACUCACUGUCUUCGUCCUCGUCAUCGAAGAAAUAAUUCCUUCUUCCUCCAAGGUCAUUCCGCUGAUUGGGGAGUACCUACUGUUUAUCAUGAUCUUUGUCACUUUGUCCAUCAUAGUGACGGUGUUUGUAAUAAACGUUCACCACCGCUCCUCCGCCACUUACCACCCUAUGUCUCCAUGGGUGCGCACGCUGUUCCUCCAACAGCUGCCUCACUUUCUCUGCAUGAGAGGGAACACCGACCGCUACCACUACCCAGAGAUGGAGCCCCACAGCCCUGACCUCAAGCCUCGCAACAAGAAAGGGCCUGGCCCUGAGGGAGAGGGUCAAGCUCUGAUCAAUAUGCUGGAGCAAGCCACCAACUCUGUUCACUACAUCUCACGCCACAUUAGGAAGGAGCAUUUUAUUAGAGAGGUCGUACAGGACUGGAAGUUUGUGGCGCAGGUGCUGGACAGGAUCUUUCUCUGGGCAUUCCUCACCGUGUCUGUUCUGGGCACCAUCCUCAUCUUCACACCUGCCCUGAAAAUGUUCCUGCGCACUCCCCCUCCUUCUCCAUGAGACACCAACCCAACCCCCACACAUAGACAUCCAUCAGAAAGGGUCUUUUUUUAACAAUAUUACUCAGAUGAUCUGAUGUAUAUGUCACAACUACAUACAGUGAACAUCACUAUGUUUAGAGAUACAAUUAGUUAGUUUAUUGUUUCAAAUACUUGGAUUUGUGUUCAAUACUACAAGAUUACCAACAUAGUGAAAUAUAACAUUUACCAUUUACAUGCAGAGUAACAUUGUGUGCUUUUACCGUUUACCACAGGAAAGUAAUGAUAAAAUUGAUUGUUUGCAACCUUUUGCUGUUUUGUGGAACUCAUUUUAUUUAGAGAUAAUUUAUUUAUUCAUUAUAAUUAUUUUUAUUUACAGACAACAGUAGAAAAACAGAAUUGUGUACAAAAAAACAAAUAAGAGAGAUAAAGAUGUGUAACUGACCUGUGCAGAAACCCCCCACAGAAUCAGAGGAGUGUUUUGGCCUUUUCUGUGAAGACACUUGUCUCUGUAUGGUUUUCUUAUCUGUUAAUGUAUUAAUAAACAUUCUUCUUGUUAGCACACAUUCCACACUUGAAACAUUCAAGCUGAGGAGCACAAAACAAUAAAAGUCAGUAAAAAUAGUAUAAACUACUAAUAUAGACAGCAACGUGAUAUUCCUUUAAAAAAAAAAGAAAAAAAAGAGGUCAUAUUCAGUUAUGUUCUUUAAGAUAAAGAUCUCUUUCUAUCCAUAAUGUGUUAAAACAACUUAUUACACAGCUCUCUGGAAUACUCGAUUCUGAUUAGUCAAUGGCACCAUCUAGUGGUCUGAUAUUUCUCUGUAACAACCACAUAUAUCAGACCACUCCUCUGGGUAUUUGCAAGCAAUCUUUCCUGCUUCUCAGAUCACGGUGCGAUCUUUUGCAAUCUCUGCAAGCAAGCUAAUAAAAUUAUUU